CACAAUUCAGGCGGCCCAGAAACCAGGCGACUUAACAAUAUGUUUGAAGAAUCACGGAGGCAUGGUUGGAGCAUCGGCAAGAUCACCAACAUCAUCAUGGGAGCAGAGAAAACCAUGAUUGCAACAUUCCAGCAGGAGUUGAAACAACACCCUUUUGUGUCGAUCCUGGUUUUAGGCUUGGUCAUGGUCGGUGUGGAGAAGAUGCUGGAAGAGGAGUUUGUCUGCCCUUGUUAUUCCAUUGCGGGGAACGCCUUCUAUGUCUUCUUUUUAGCCUUGAUUCCUGCCGCCACAGCUGUUGGGCUGAUGGUGCUGAUUCAUGGUUGGCACGGUUGUCAUGCAAAAAAUUUUUUAAACUUUCUUCCUGUCCUAUUAUGGGUGGCCCUGUUGUUGAUCGAUGGACGGUAUGUGGUCUGUGCCACAACAUACUGGUCAGGCACGUUUGUUUCUGUCAAGGAAACCUUCCUGAAAUGGUGCGCACCAACCAGUAGAAUAUCUUCACGUUACUCCCUAGAGGAACUGCGGGAUCACUCAUGCUGGCUUCACACUUUGUCUCAGGUGAUUGGAAUUGUUAUCCUCUUUCUUUUACUCUUGGUGUUCAUCAAAUAUGUCAUGUAUGUGGCACGCACAAGAAACAGCGAACGAUCUGAAAAUGGUGAUCAGCCCAGUGAAAAGACGGAACCCAACGGUCCUGAAACACUUCACCUUCAAGAAGUUUAAACAUUUAAGAGAAACAAAUGAUGAAAUGUUUUGUUUAGGGACCUGUGGAUAUCUUAGCUAAGACCUUUCUUGGUACAGUCUUUAACUGUGAGAGUAGGGAGGUUCUAGAGAAGGCUUUCCACAUUCACAACUUUCAUAGCCACCACAGAUCCUUGUUCAGAAUCAACCCUUGGUCAAGUAGUACUCUAGACAAAAUGUCUUAGAGCCAGGCUCCAACUCAUUUUAAACAACUGAGAAUUUUCUGUGUUUUUAUUUCCUUUUAUUUUCAGUUAAUCCAUUCAAUACUUUUAUAAACUUAACAUGAGAGAAAGAUGCAGAAAAAGAAAUAGUAGGACAAUGAUAAAAAAAAAAACAAAUCUCUCAAAACUUGUUAAAUGGUGUAAAAUACAACCAAUGUUUGAUGCUAGCAAUGAAAUUCUGACGUAAGCUGUCUUCUUGUGGCACAUUAGCCGAGUGCAUAUCAGUGUUCAUUUCGCUGACUAAAACUGACUAAAAAUGUUUGUCAACAUCCUUUUUUCCAUGAUAAAAACUAGUCUAAGACUAAGACAAAUAGAUCUGUGAUGACUAAAACUGACAAAAACUAAGUUUAGUUUUUGUCAAAAUGACUAAAACUACACUAAAAUGUAAUUUAGUUUUCAUGAGACAUUCAUAAUCUGUGAUAUUUCUCCACU